AUGAGAAUAGCCCUCGACACACGAUUCACAUCAGCGAAACGUUGUGUGUUUCAGAUGAUACAACGGAUAGUGGAAGAAGAUAACCGCGUGAAUUCGCAGUUGCAGGAGAAUUGGCAGUGUAACGACGGCGGCGAUCGUGGCGACGGUGGUGGUGGUAGUGAUGGCGGCGGCGGUGGUGGAGGCGGACGUCAACCGACGCUCACCGAACUAGUUUCUCCAAGAACUUCACCACACAACGACAGCAUCCAUCCAUCCAGUCCACAUCAUGACGAUGAUGACGACUUCAAGUAG